AGUUGCGAGUUGGAAGUUUCGGUUUCGUGGUGUCUGAGGUCUAUUUUCGAAUGGCAGGUUGCCCUGCACAAGUGCUGCAGAUUGAGCCGAAGUGUGAACUGGUAUUUGAAGGUAUUUAUUAUAGUCUGUCAUUUAAGAUGAUUUGCUCUCUGUGAAGUUUUAACGUAGUCCUCGAUAUCCAUAUAGUAGGGGAUCAGGUGUUGUAUGCUAAUACAUACAAUUCGUAUUACUUAGUUAUCCGAUCUCUGUGUAAAGAUAUCAAAAUGGGUCUAUUUAUUCUUGGUUUCUGGACAUUACAAAUUGCUCUCAGAAACAUGUGAGAGAAACAAAACUGAGGGUAGGGUUGGAGUUUUCAUGAUAUUUUUGAAAUACCAUCAUCCAACUUGAAGUUAACACAUGAAAUACAUAAAAUCAUAUUCCUUCCCCUCAGAUGGGACGAAAGGGUCUCUUUAUAACUGUACUUAAUAUCGUUUAGUUCCGUUCUAUCAUGUUAAAUUUAUACAUAGUAUUUCCAUUGCUUGUAAAUACGUCUUAGUAUCAAACGUGACUAAUUAGGAGAUAAGCAAAACUAAAUUGGUUUGGACCACGACUACUACUUAAAAACCAUCUUAACUAAGGUAUGUGACCGCAAAUGACAUCCAUCUUACUGACCCCAUCCAGGAGUUCUGCCAUUGCCUACACAAUCCGAAUCAGCGCUUAAUGAUUCCAUGGAGUGGCAUUUUAAUCAGGUCAUCUCUCACGUUCUCCCAAUUUACCGUGAUACAGCACAGUGGUAGCUGUUCUUGAGUCACAACUAUUUGGGAUGAUAAGCGUCCAUGGCUUCACUGAUCGGUUCAUACGUGGUAUUCUCCGCCUACAGCAUCCACUAGACAGUUGCACUGUACACAAUCAAUCAUCUGAAGAUAUUAGUGUUCAAAGACUAGCCCCACAUCGAUGCCUGCUACCUUUAUAGUAUUUUUCACAAUUUUAAGUAAUGGAAGUAAUUGGGAAUAUUUUCAGUGACGUGGGAUUUGACUCCAGUUGGAUUGUAUGAAUAUUGUUGAAAUACAUAUGUCGUCUAUCCUCGUAUAUGUAAUCAACUUAAUCCACGUUAUGUGAUAUUGACAUUAAUGUGUUAAUGAGACUAUGAUAAUUAUUUGAAUCAGAAUGGAACAAUCCUCUGGAUGGAUCAACUAGAAGAGUUGAUAUGAGGACAAGUUAUCGAUAAGAUAAUACGAUUUGAGUAUGUCCAUGUCGUGUUGCACAGGCUAUGCUGAGUGCGUCGGAUUAGAAAUUGAGCUGGCUUCGAUGAAUGGGUAACAUUAGAGAUUGAGUCAUUUGAGUUUCUCGUCGAUUAAGUUGGCCACUUAGUUUGUCCACGGGACACUUAGAGUUCUAUAUGUUCACCGUCUGAGCAGAUUUGCAAGGCACGUAUAGUUGGAAAACGGGCUCACCACUUUAGUGUCCCUAGACCUGACUCCAGUUAGAUCUAGGGUUAGUAAAUAUUCGUAGCUUUGAAAGAGGACUUUGGUGGUAGUCAAGGUGGUUACCGAUGAUUUCGAGUGUGAAAGCUGCACUACUGAGCUAUUCACCUCAGAGGACAACACCAAGUGAUGCAACACAUUCCGCUUCGUAGUAAAUUAGCUCUAUGUAGGCUGGCGAACAUUUCGUUUGUGGAGCAAGUAGAGUUGGAAAAAGUCAAGCGACCUUUUAGUACCAGUCCCAUGGUUUUUCCAACUACCAUCUUACCUGGGCUAAGACUUCUCAUGUAGAUGCUGUGAUUAAUAUGCUUCCUACAGUCUAACCAGACUGAUAUGGACUUAUUCUUAAUCAACAUUUUAAACUUGUAGCGAGUGAUUGACAUCCUAAAAACUUUUGAAGUGUUAUUCAGGUUGUUCAUAGUCACUCGUCCAUUCUCUGGAACAAAUACUCCUAACACGUUUUUGAUCAAAACCCCGUAAUUUCAACGUACUUAUAUUCCUGGCUUUCUGAUAGCCUUUCUAAAUUCUUUUUAUCAUGUCCCUUCAUGCCUUAUAGACAUAUUUGGCUUAAUAUUGUAUGCGGUUACCAGUAGUAAUUCCUACUAUUGCUUGGAUUUCGGUUCGGGUAUCCCAGGAAUACAUGCAUCACUUUUCAUCGCUGCUUCAGAUUCACCAAAAAAGCAAAUCUGUACAGACACUUAAAAAAACUUCUUAGAGUUUUCUAGUAUUUUCUAAUUCUAAUUUAAUCAAGCCGUGAUGUUGUGGUUUUAGCUUUUGGGAUCAAAAGGUCACUUUAGUUUGGGCGACCGGGUAGUGUCAUCAGUGCUCCUCAGAAGUGUGGUCGAAAGCUGAAUACGUAAACCUGUUCCUGGCCAAUGAGUUGUGUUGAAAUUUAUAUUCAUGUUUUUGGUGUCUGAAUCUCACAACUCUCCAGUGUCCCAACCAGUCUGGCUACAAGGUAAACGUGUCUUUUGUAGCGGUAUCCGAAGCCUUAAACGUAUUUCCCAUUGACUCGGUAGCCAAUUUUUGACUCAGAAAUCGCUUUGGUCUUUUUCUCAUCAACAACUCAUUCCAAUUAUGUGUAUUUUUUUCCUAUCGAAAUUCUUAAUAUCAUUUAUAUGGCUUCUGUGUAGGUCCUUUCGUCGAUGUAGUAACUUCUUAUAUCAAAUUGACAAAUCCUUUGGACCGAGCCGUUGGGUUUAAGAUCAAGACAACAGUGCCGAAAUGUUAUUGUGUAAAACCAAGCAACGGAUAUAUAGAACCUCAUCAAACUGUAGAAGUUGCAGGUUUGUUUUGUGCUUGUAUCUGGGGUAAAUAUUUAUUUUUUAGUAAUGCUCCAGCCGUUCAGUUACAAUGCCGCAGAAAAAUUUAAUCAUAAGUUCAUGAUUCAGUCUAUCAUUGCUCCUGAUGAUCCUCGUCCUGCCAUGGAGCAGUUGGUAUGUAAUUAGCCAGAACUUAAGUAUUUAUUUCCUAAGUGGAAGGAUGCACCUCUUAGCAAGCUCAUGGAUUCACGGCUCUUUUGUCUUUUGCGUUUGCCUGAUGAGCUUCAUGUUGAACCUAGCCGGGAUUUAGUCUUCGAAGGUUAUUUUCUUUGUUUUUAUGUAUUAACUCAGCUAGGUCCUUUUGUGAGACCUGUUACAUCUAUUGUGAAACUGACCAACCCUUCUUCACAGUUCGUUUGCUUCAAGAUUAGCGCAUCGUCCCCAGAUCACUUUUUUGCCACCCCCAGUACAGGUGUUAUGUAUCCCCAUGAAAAUUUGGAGGUCUCAGUUGUGUUUCAUCCCGAUGAUUUCGACUUUACAGCAAAAAAUCGUGAGAGAAUGUUAAUUCAAUCUGCCGUUUCUGCGGAAGAAGCAGAUCCCAAAAAAGAUCAAACAACUUUGAUUAAAGAAGGAAAGGUGACGGAUUAUUACCUAAAAUGUGUGUUCAAAAACACAGGCAUUGUGGAAAGGAUAGAAGCUAGCAAACAACAAACUGCGUCUUCUAAACCUGUACAUGAUACUGGUGCGACCCAGACGGAUAUCGAAAAGUUAAUGGCUGAAAUAUCUGCUCUUCGCCAAGAAAAUGCUGCACUGAAGGAAUCGGAUCUCCAUUUACGACGUACAGCAGCUAUCUCAGAUACAUGUCGAACGCCUACCGAAUCCGGUGCUGGAUCAAUGCCUACCAGUGGAAGCCGUCAUCAUAAUCAAGCCAGAGCUGAUACUUUUAGUAACAUCCCACCGAUUUUAUAUUUAAUCACAGCUUUAAUCAUUGGUCUCUUUGUGGGUCGCUUUGUUCUGUAA